GGGGCGGGCGGGUUUGAGAGUCCCUCACUUUCACGUGUUUAGGGGGGCUGUCCCGGCCCCCCGCCAGUUUCGCCUCCCCCGCCAGCAGAGUUAGCAGGGCAUCAAUAUGAGCUGGUCACCCUCCCUGCCAACCCAGACAUGUGGGGCCUGGGAAAUGAAAGAAAGGCUUGGGACCGGGGGAUUUGGAAAUGUCAUUCGAUGGCACAAUCAGGAGACAGGUGAGCAGAUUGCAAUUAAGCAGUGCCGACAGGAGCUCAGCCCAAAGAACCGAGAUCGCUGGUGCCUGGAGAUCCAGAUCAUGAGGAGGCUAAGCCACCCCAAUGUGGUGGCUGCCCGGGAUGUUCCCGAGGGGAUGCAGAAUUUGGCACCCAAUGACUUGCCCCUGCUGGCCAUGGAGUACUGUCAAGGAGGAGAUCUCCGAAAGUACCUAAACCAGUUUGAGAACUGCUGUGGCCUACGGGAAGGAGCCAUCCUCACCCUGCUGAGUGACAUUGCCUCUGCACUUAGAUACCUUCAUGAAAACAGAAUCAUCCAUCGGGAUCUAAAGCCAGAAAACAUUGUUCUACAGCAAGGAGAACAAAGAUUAAUACACAAAAUUAUUGACCUAGGAUAUGCCAAGGAACUGGAUCAAGGCAGUCUUUGUACAUCCUUUGUGGGAACCCUACAGUACUUGGCCCCAGAGCUACUGGAGCAGCAGAAGUACACAGUGACGGUUGACUAUUGGAGCUUUGGUACCUUGGCCUUCGAAUGCAUCACAGGUUUCAGGCCUUUUCUCCCCAACUGGCAGCCUGUGCAAUGGCAUUCCAAAGUCCGGCAGAAGAGUGAGGUGGACAUCGUUGUUAGUGAAGACUUGAAUGGAGCGGUGAAAUUUUCAAGCUCUUUACCAUACCCCAAUAAUCUUAACAGCGUACUGGCCGAGCGACUAGAGAAGUGGCUGCAGCUGAUGCUCAUGUGGCACCCCAGACAAAGGGGCACAGACCCCCAGUAUGGGCCCAAUGGCUGUUUUAAGGCCCUGGAUAACAUCUUAAACUUGAAGCUGGUUCAUAUCUUGAACAUGGUCACAGGCACCAUUUAUACUUAUCCUGUGACAGAAGAUGAGAGCCUGCAGAGCUUAAAGGCCAGAAUCCAGGAAGACACGGGAAUCCUGGAGAAGGAUCAAGAGCUGUUGCAAGAGGCGGGUCUGGCAUUGAUCCCUGACAAGCCUGCCAUCCAGUGUAUUUCAGAUGGCAAGCUGAAUGAGGGUCGCACAUUGGACAUGGAUCUUGUUUUUCUCUUUGACAACAGUAAAAUUACCUAUGAGACUCAAAUCUCUCCACGGCCACAACCAGAAUGUGUCAGCUGUAUCCUUCAGGAGCCAAAGAGGAGCCUCUCUUUCUUCCAGCUGAGAAAAGUGUGGGGCCAGGUCUGGCACUGCAUCCAAACCCUGAAGGAGGACUGUAACCGGCUUCAGCAGGGACAGCGAGCUGCCAUGAUGAAUCUCCUUCGGAAUAACAGUUGCCUUUCCAAAAUGAAGAAUUCCAUGGCCUCCAUGGCUCAGCAGCUCAAAGCUAAGUUGGAUUUCUUUAAAACCAGUAUCCAGAUUGACCUGGAGAAGUACAGAGAGCAAACCGAGUUUGGGAUCACAUCAGAUAAACUGCUGCUGGCCUGGAAGGAAAUGGAACAGGCUGUGGAGCUCUGUGGGCGGGUAGGAGAUGCAUCUUAUGUUUCUGUGCUUAUGGAUUUUUUUCAUCAGGAGAAUGAUGUGAAACAUUUGGUGGAACGAAUGAUGGCACUACAAACAGACAUUGUGGACUUACAAAGGAGCCCAAUGGGCCGGAAGCAGGGGGGCACACUGGAUGACUUAGAGGAACAAGCAAGGGAACUCUACAGGAGACUUAGGGAGAAGCCAAGAGACCAGCGGACAGAUGGUGACAGUCAAGAAAUGGUUCGUCUCCUCCUUCAGGCAAUUCAAAGCUUCGAGAAGAAAGUGCGAGUGAUUUACACACAGCUCAGCAAAACUGUGGUUUGCAAGCAGAAGGCGUUGGAAUUGCUGCCCAAGGUGGAAGAGGUGGUUAGUCUAAUGAAUGAGGAUGAGAAGACGGUUGUCCGGCUUCAGGAAAAGCGGCAGAAGGAGCUCUGGAACCUUCUGAAGAUCGCGUGUAGCAAAGUCCGAGGUCCUGUCAGUGGAAGCCCAGAUAGCAUCAAUACUUCUCGAGUCAGUCACUCUGGUCAGCUAAUGUCCCAGCCUUCCUCUGCCUGUGACAGUUUACCUGAGCCAAACAAGAAAAGUGAAGAACUGGUAGCUGAAGCACAUACUCUCUGUGCCCAACUAGAAAAUGCCAUGCAGAACACCGUGAAGGCGCAGGACCAGAGUUUUAUGAGUCUAGACUGGAGCUGGUUACAGAUGGAGGAUGAAGAACAGAGUGGCAUGGAACAGGCCUUGUGACUGGGGUUGUCCAGUGGCUGCUGUUAUGAUGGUGUCCCACUGAUCCUCACCUAAGUGGAGAGCUCACUCCCCGUGCAGCUGUGAUGCUCACCCUGGACCAUAGGUGUGGCCCUCAGCAGAUGUUGCUAGUCCUUAUCCACCCUUGGCAAGACUCCACUGAGGCCCAGCAGAUGCCAGUGCCAGCUGUGAGUCUUCAUGGAAAUAGCCUCAGCAGCUGAAUUCUCUUCUGU